GAAAACGGAAAUUAUUUAUCAAACAUGCUUAUCUUACAACCACAAGCAGGUCUAAGGGAGCUAUGGUUUAAACUCAGUUUUGCUUCAGCAGUGUUCGGGUGUGGUCCUGUAAAAUAGUUCUUCAACAUGAAAGUGAAAUGUGUGAUUUAUUUGACUCUGUUAUACCGUGUGUAUUGCACAACAGCUGCAACGACAACACCCUCAUCGAGUACCAAUAAAAUACACUAUCGAUGUACAACACAAGGCUAUUAUUAUUCUGAAGCAAAAUUUUCCAAUGUAAUCAUCGACGAAUCAACAAUACCACUAUUCACAUGUGAUUCUACAUCACAGAAACAAACAGUGAAAUUCGAAAUGUCAUCAAUCCAAGAAGUACCCAAAAAGUUGUUCGACACAUUUUCUAAUUUAUUGGUGGCCAACUUUACCCGUAGUGGAAUCAAAUACAUCAAUCGAUACAGUUUGGACAGGGCAGUCAAUCUUCAAAAGCUGGAUUUGUCUAGCAAUGCAAUCGAACAGCUUAAUGCAAAUUGUUUUUCGGGAGCGACUGCCCUUCUUGAGCUUAAUCUUUCGUUCAACAAUAUCAGCUCAAUCGAUAAAUUGACAUUCAACACACUAUUAAAUCUGAUAUUGCUUCGGUUGACUGGAAACAAGCUUCGAUCGUUGGAUAACAAAGUAUUUGAACCACUUAAAUCAUUGCGUACGAUUUAUCUCAACUCCAACGAGCUGCAGGUCAUUGAGUCGGGCAUAAUUGCUAAAAAUACUAAACUGCAAUUUCUUCUUCUGCAAAACAACCACAUCAAUAUGGUUGAAGAAGGAGCAUUUUUAGUUGAAAAUUUAGAAGCAUCUUCGUCAAAUUUGACCAUUGUCUCUUUAAGCAAUAAUAAGCUAACGAAAUUGAAUUUGGGAACGAUAAAAGUCAAUCAGUUGUAUCUUACGAACAAUACGCUAGAGGCGCUUCAUCUAUCGCCGUGGAUUGGAACGGUUUACGCGGAAAACAAUAUAAUAUCGAAUGUUACAGUGAGUGAUGUGACAAACAUGCAACUAAAAACGUUAAGGUUGGCAAAUAACUCGAUCACAUCUCUAGAAUCGAUACAGCAAUUCCAUUCGCUCGUCGACCUGGAUCUGUCCAAUAAUCACAUCGGACCAUUGAACAUCACUAGCCUUGCAAAGCUAGCCAAUCUUCAGCAAUUGGGACUAGAACGGACGUUCAUUUCCAACCUCCAGCACGGAACCUUUGCACAACAACAAUCUCUCAAAUGGUUGGAUAUAUCCUACAACAACCUCGAUCGGUUUGACUUUGACAUUCUUACGUCAUCUGCAGCGCUUCAGCAGAUCUUUCUGGACGGUAAUCGGCUAAAGUCGCUGAACUAUGAGCAUCUGAAGAAAACGUUCCCGGCGCUUGUAAAAAUCGGCUUGUCGGAAAACAACUGGAACUGUACAUAUCUGAUCCAGCUUGUGCGCUAUUGUAACGAACAUUCAAUCGAACUGUUCAAGUCCCAAGCGGUACAGAAUCAGACCAACGUCAAGGGUAUCUAUUGUUUCGACGACAAGAAUCCGCUGGCCAACUGGAACAACACAUUGCAACAUGUGCAGGCGCUGCAUCCUCAUCUGAACAGCACCACCGAGGAUAGUGCCCUGCAAACGUUGCUGCAAAGUGUGCUGGAUGACGUGAAACGGUUUAGUGAGAACCAUGCGGACGUAGCGAAUCAAACCAGCAAGCUGGAUGGUGCUGUGUACGAUCUGACGAAGAAUCAGUUCAACAUCCAGAAGGAUGUGAACAGUUUGAGACAGUCACUAUUCGAGAUACGGCUUGCAUUGGUGGCGAACCGUACGAACGGAAGCGUUGGGGCGGAUAACGACGAGCUACGGCGUAUGAUCGAGACGGCAAACAAUCUGACGCUGGACAAGCAGGAGCUGCGUGCCAAAACACUCGAGUUUAAGAUAUACGAGCAGACGUUUAAGGUGGAUAAGGCGUUGGAGUUGGCGCAGGAAAGUAUAGAUAAGAACACAGUCCUAGGCAAACGAGUCGAGCAGUGGAUCAGCAACAUUGUGAGCACGAGUGGUAUGUUGGGGCAGGAUCGGUUACUAGUCCAUCAGAGUGCAGCACAAGUUGAAGGUAGCGGUGGAAAUGGCAAUGGAGUGAAUAUUGCAGUGUUGGUUAUGCUUUGUGUCCUAAUAGGGUUGAUCAUGAUUGGAAUUUUUAAAUUAAACCGUGGAUCGUACGGUGUUGAACGAAGGCGCUAUGCUAACAGAGAUAGCAGCAUGGCAACGAUAAUCAAUAAUGAUAUCUAAUUACAAUAUAGAACCCUAUUUUCAAACACGUUACAAAGAGUAGCAUGUCGCGUUUAUAAAUAAAAAAAAACACACACAUUUGUUAGAAUGGUUAUAGGUCA